AUGGAAAAACGUCGAUAAGCGUCGUCGCGCGUUCUCGCUAACCAAGUCGAGAGCGAUAGGGGCGAGAAGGCCACGAACGGGGAUCCAUAGCGAAGGGGUGGAUCGAACGGUCAAAAUCGUCGUCGAUCAAAUCAAUCGAUCACCACGGGACGUUCAAAACAGAUAGCAAAAUGGAGGUGAUACUUUUAAUUACUUUGUGGCUCGGCCUAGCAACUGGUCACUUUCGUGGACCGCAUCAUCCUAAGAGUAGCAUAUCCCAUCAUCAUUACACACCGCAAAGUGAAAUCAAAUUAACGCAAGAUUCCGAGCUCCUUCACGAUACAACGCAUUUAAAAGAGGACAUCGGUCCCAUGGCCGAUCAACUCGACUUUUCAAAGAUGACAGAACAGGAAAUAGAAUUCUACUACUUUAAAAUCCAUGAUAUCGACAAUAAUACAAAAUUAGAUGGAUUAGAAAUUCUUCAUGCUCUUCAACAUACUUUACACGAGGAUGGCGAGGAAACGCAAUCGGAACAAGACUUGUCUUGGAUUGUAGAUUUAAUAGAUAAAGUACUGGCAGAGGAUGAUGUGAACAACGACGGCUAUCUAGAAUAUGUCGAAUAUGUAAUGGGAAGGAAGAGAGAUCAUGAUGCGCAAGAGAAACGAAACAAGCUCAGAAUGGGAACGUGAAAAUUGUUAACUUGGAGUAUAUGAAUAUAUAAUCUUGGAUUAUAUAUUAGGAAGAGAUAAGAUAAUAUGAAAGAAAUGCAUUUUACAUAUUGUAAGGUACAAUACGAAUUAUA